AUGAGCAUUUUGAAAACGUUCAAGUCGUACGACAUGACGAACAUUUUUCGACACUGUGGCUACAGCAAGCAAGGCCGGUUUGAUCCAUCCAAGCGACUCGUCGACGAGGAUGAUGCAUCAAGCGACAUCAAUGACAACAUGCUUGAAUAUGUUCCGGUCCAUGAAGAUGAAAGAGAAGAAGAAUAA